AUGUUCUCUUGCUGUCUUUGGACUACUCGAGGCUCAGACCUCAAGAAAGACAAGAGUGAAGGCCAUGGAGGGGCCUGGAGAUACUUAGUACUCUCCUGCCUCCAAUGCUUCUGGCCUUUUGGCCAGAGGGAAACAGACUUGACACAGGAUAGCCAGGCCCAGGACCACGCAGACAAGGGUGUGCAUGAGUGUGCCCCAGAAGACAUGAAGAAGCCCUGUGGAGAGUCCUACGUCAGUGCAGACAUGGUGGAAAGGAUGGUGAACCACCUGGUGCCAUCCCUGCAGGGAAGAGACGCCUUCUUUGUCUCUGCCUUCCUGUACACAUACAGAAGUUUCACUACCACACUACAUGUUCUGGACCUGCUGUUGAGGCGGUAUGCCCACUUCCGCCGGAAGUGUGAAGAGGAUGAACAGGUAAAGAGAAUCUUCUGUUCUUUCCUGAACUCAUGGAUAGACAUAUACCCAGAGGAGUUUUGUCAAACCUCAGACCUGUCCGUUCUCAAGAAGCUGGAGGCCUACUUGACUGUGAACAUGCCCGACUCAGAUCUGAAUCGCCGUGUCCAAAUGCUUCUUACGGAGUUGCAGUUGAGGGAGACAGAGCGAAAGGAUGAAGGAGACUCACGUUUGGAGAACCACGUAGCUGGAGAUCCAGAGAGUAACAUGCGGUUCCUGUCAGUGAAACAGCAGCCAGAACCAGCAGGUGCACGAGACAGAGAGUCCAAAGUCCACCGGGAUGCUCUAAUGUUGGAGCCAGAUGUGACAUCAGCCAUCCAUCCAGCCCACCUGCUAGCAGCCAUGGAACGUGUGACUCACCAAGUCAGCGGACACAGUGGCCUUUCAAACAUCUCGCCCUCAGGGUAG